AUGGCACCCUCGAAGGAAGCCGUUUUUGAUCCUACGACAGGCAGGAAAAAGCUGAAGACUUCCGAUCUGCCACUCACUUCUGCGACGCGCGGAGCAAUCGAGGGGCUAAGUCAUAGGUUUAAAAAGAAAGGCGGCUAUGACUCCUUGCGGAAGCAAGUGUGGGAGGACUUGGAACGAAGUGACUUCGAGGCCGGAAUUAAAGAUGAGAUCCUCAAAGUUGCGGAAGCCGAGAUUGAUAAAAACCCGGAACAGCUUCUCAAAUUAGAUAAAGGCAAAGCGACGUUACUUAUUGAGGGCGCCGUGGAUCGUGCGGGUGUUUAUCAGGAGGCGGAAAAGAGGAUUGAUGCGCUUAUCGAUGCACAUCUCGCCGCCAUCGUGAGUGGGGUCAGAGGGCUCAGGGCCGAAGAUAUUGGCCAGGAAGCUGCAGCCGAGGAAGAGUUGAGGGGUAGCAAGACAGAGGAGCAGUAUGCCGAAGAAGCGGCAAUGAGACGAGCCGAGAGAGAAAAGAAGAGGCAGGAGGCGAGAGAGAUGGAGAGAGAGGCCGCGGAUGAGAAAAAGAAGAUUGAGCGGGCAAAGCGGAAGGAGGAGGAGAAGAAGAUUGAAGCUGAGCAGGAGAAACGACGGGUAGAGAGAGAAGCAAGGAGGAAGGCUGAACGGGAAAGAGAGGAGGAGAAGGAGAGAGAAUUGCGUGCACAUGAGCGGGAGAAGGAGAGGGAGAGGGAUGCAGCUAGGGAUCGCGAUCGUCACCGUGAGAGAGAUCGCGAGAGAGACUACGACCGAGAGCGAGACGAACGGCACAGAAGGCACGAUGAUGACUCUGCCCGCCGGCCCUCAGCCAGAAAUGACAAGGAACCAACCAAAAUCCCAAAGGCCGAGCUUUCCAAAGAGGAUAUCGAACGCCUCGAGCAGGAGGCUCUCAAUGAUCUUCUGAAGGAAGGCAAGCGCGUUGCACAGCGAUCAAGACAUCAAUUAGAGCUCGACAUCGACGAGACUCUAGCGCCACCCCCUCGAAAAGCCAUGCCAGCUUCAGCCAUCAAGCCCAUCUCCAAAGACUCCAAAUCUACAGAAGUUAAGAAAAUACCAACAGGGCCAAAAGCAGCUAAGGUCGAUGCAGACGGGUUUAAGACGCCCCUUCCGAAAAUGGCUGAAGAAGAGAAACUCGAUAGUCGCGAGAGGCGGAGUCGUCAGAAGAGCCAUAGCCGUGAUAGAGCCUCAACUCGGCGGCCAAGUCGAAGCAGAAGUCGUCGCCGUGACAGCAGAGACCGAGAAUCUGUACGUUCCUCAAGACGAGAUAGUCGGGAACGCGAUAGAGACUCAGGCCGUACCCGGCGUGACAGUCGAGACAGGGACAGGCGACGGCACGAUAGCAGAGAUAGGGACCAUCGACGUGAAGACAGUAGAGACCGGCGCCGGAGAGAUAGCAGGGAUCGCUCCCGGUCUCGUGAUCGUGAUAGGAGACGAAGCUAUCGAUCGCGAAGUCGAAGUCGAGACCGUCGCGAUAGAGACAGGGAUCGCAUUCGUGCAUCCAGUCCUAGAAUCAGCAGAGAGGAACAAGAAGCUAUCAAGCUGCAGGGUAUCAAAGAGCGUGAACUGGAGGCCAAGGAAUGGUUGGCCGCUAGGAAUGAAGCACAAGAAAAGGGCCUCCCGCUCCCAGUGUGGGGUGAGUGGAAGAGAGAACGGGAUAGGCAAACUGCCAACGCCAACCCGAGCCUACCUGCAGCUCAUGGCAAGGAUGAACCAAGCUCUUCUCGCCGGCGGGAUUCGAAGGAUCGCGAGCGGGAUAGGGUCGGCAGAUCUUCACGAGCCGAUCGAAGCAGAUCACGUCCCCCUACUGCCAGGAGAGAAAGGUCUACUAGUCCGGUCAAUAUCGAUCGCUAUGUGCCCGGCGCUGCCAGGCGCAGUAGCACAGCCCGUCGAGACAGGAGUAGGAGUCGGGAUCGAGAUCGUGACCGCGACCGUGAUAGGGAUAGGGGCCAUGAUGGGGAUCGAGAUAGGGAUAGACACCCGAAAGACGGCGACCUGAAGACUAGAAAAAGGUCUCGGUCCCGGGAUAGGAGUCGUAGAAGAGAUAGGAGCAGAGACCGGGAUCGAGACCGUAAGGCUAGGAGUAGGAGCCGUAGCGUGUAUAGCAGACGCGAUAGGGACAGUCGGAGAGAUAGAAGUAGAAGUCGGGAGAGGGAGAGGGACAGGGACAGAGAUAGAGACAGGCGGCGAGAUAGAAGUCGAAGCCAUGGUAGAGAUAGGGAGAGGGAGAAGGAUAAAGAUAGGGAAAGGGGAAGAGACCGUGACUAUGACAGGAAGCGGAGUCGAAGUAGGGGAAGUAGGAGGGAGUCGAAACGCGGCGAUUAG